GCUGGAUCCGUGCGACUCCAUGCUACCCUUCACCUCUCUGUGGUUCCACGCGGCGCUGUGAGUGGCGGCAAGGAGCGAAACUUGGUGGCUGCGAUUCAGUUUGUGGAGGAGAGCGAGGAGACUGUGGCCAAGGACCUGGAGGCGAGUGGCUUUGAGACAUACAAGCCCUACGAGCGACAGACGUCUGUGACUUCCACAGCCUUCACGGAAAAUCAGGAGAGUGGGAUCGUGGCCAACCUUGCAGACUUGAACAAGCUCGGAGCCUCUGCCAUCCUUGGCUCGGCGGAGACCGAGGACGGCAGUGUGUGGGACUGGGAGCAGCAAUCUCAGAGUGGCCGCACCAUGUCUCAUCUCGGGGCCUUCGUGAACGGCUUCGAUGAGUUGGCCCAGAGAGGCUUUGACGCGCGGAUCUGCGGAGCAUGGGAAGGCGUGACCAGCGAGGUGUUGGGAUCUUAUGUGCAGAGAAUUGAGUUUGACACGGACUGCAUCCACGCCAAGAUCUCGAUCAUGGGCCAGGUCUUGAACGCCGUCUUCUGCAUGAACUGCUCUGCGGAGCCGAAGCAGCUGGACAUCAAAGUCAUAUCGUCAGGUGAUGCCGCGCCGCCGCCCAUUCCCUACAUUUUCAAGUUUGGCGAAGAUGGUUCGCUCCACCUUUGCGGCCCAGCCGACAGUCGCCUGCACCGCCCGACCAACUUCCAAGGGGUCGGCCUCUGUAUCAUGCAGCGGCCGGACACCCGCGCACGCGUUGAGAGUGGGCCACCGGAGCCUGAGCCAGAGCUCACCAAGGACAUCAGCAACUUGGCCGAAGGUCGCGUGGGUCCCAUCACCAAGCGUGGCAAGGCUCUUCAAAAGCCAGUGGCUCAGACCUUCAGUGCCUGGCGUGACCCAGCUCUCGCGGCAUCCACGGUGCUCGUCCUCACGGGCUUGUUUGCUGCCCGAAAGUCCUUCUGA